AUGCUGGCUGAGAUGAAGACAAAGCAUGAUGGAAAGACAUGGACGGACUUCCCGCGUACUCAUACUGAAGCACUAGUCUCGGCGUGGUUUCGCUCCCUGGAAAAGCCCUUCCUAGCCGACGCCCCGAACAAACUCCAUACCACUACAUCUGCCCACCAGUUUGAGGAAGGGAAAGGCCAGCUUGAUCUUUUCUUACAAAGGUCAACUACGGAAGCGAGCACCAUUUAUUCAUACAAGAACGUUCUCGUUGUUGGGGAGCUAAAGCAGUCAUGCAAUCCAAGCAGGUUUAAGGCGGAUUUCCUGCAACUCACCCGCUAUGUACGGAGUGUUUUCAAUGAUCAGCCGACCCGUCGAUUCGUUCACGCCUUCCUUCUCUGCGGCUCCAUGAUGGAGCUUUGGAUCUUCGAUCGGGCUGGGGCGUAUAGUUCAGGGCCUUUCGAUAUUCAGGAAGAGCCAGACAGGUUUGCGCGGGCUUUGGCCGGCUAUUUAACGAUGGAUUCUGAAGCGAUGGGGUUGGAUACCUUCAUUGAGCGAGUUGCCGAGGGAGAAGAACAACAACGCUACGCCACACUGGAGGAUAAGAGGGCCAGGCUACACACGGCAAUGUACAAGCAGAAUGCCAUCGUGUGUUGCGGAACUACCUGGUUUACAACCUACGACAACGAGGUUGUCAAAUUCGCUUGGGCAUCGGGUAAACGGACAUCGGAGGUAGAGCACCUAACGCAAGCAAAGAUAAUGGGACUGCAGUUCCCAGCGGCUCACCUGUUUCAGGACGAGAAUAGUGACUUUGAUGACCUUCCAUCGGCCACAAGCACUAAUACAUCGGGAUCCAAGCGCAAGUCGCCGUCCGACGCCACUAUCAACACCGCAUCCGGAUCUAAUAAGAAGCAGCGCCCAAGUAUCCCCAGAAAGGGGAGCAUGCAGCCGCCGCCGUCGACAAGCAAGGCCCUGACCAAGCCGACGCCACCUACGCCUAGCGAGGACCUGUGGGAAGAUAGAAUCUAUUCCUGCCUUGUCAUCUCACCAGCCGGGCACGUCAUUAGCAAAUUUUCCGCGAUCAAGCAACUGCUAGAAUCAAUGCGAGAUGCGAUCAAAGCGCACCAAUCUCUCUACGUCACUGGUAACAUUCUCCACCGCGAUAUCUCUCCAAACAACAUCAUCAUCACGGACCCCGAAACACCACAUGACUUCAAGGGCAUGCUGAUCGACCUCGACAUGGCUAAAGUACGAGAUAGCGACCCGAGCGGAGCGCGACAAAUUACUGGCACAAUCCAGUUCAUGGCGAUUGAAGUAAUGGAGAACGUCGGACACACAUACCGUCACGACCUCGAAUCGUUCUUCUACGUCCUGCUUUGGAUGUGUGCGCGCCAAUCAUGA